AUGAUUAAUCAAUUGAAUAGAUUAUCAUCUAUUCAAAGGAAUUUAUCAUUGUCUUUAAAGUUAUCAAACUUUAACUCUACUUCUUCUUCUUCAUUAUCUUGUUUAUAUAAAUCUCCUUCUACAUCUACUUCUUCAAUUUGUAAAUAUUAUUAUUCAACCAACAAUUCAGAAUCAAUUUCAACAUCAUCAUUUUGUAUAAAUAACUUUAAAGAAAGAGAAUUUAAAUCACAAUUAUGUAAUCGUACCGAUCGAAAUGAAUAUGAUGUAGUUGUGAUUGGAGGUGGACAUGCAGGAACAGAGGCAUGUGCUGCAUCGGCACGUGUUGGUGCUCAAACAUUAUUGAUUACACAAUCGAUCAAUACUAUUGGUGUCAUGUCUUGUAAUCCUUCGAUCGGUGGUAUUGGAAAAGGAAACUUGGUGAGAGAGGUCGAUGCUUUGGGCGGUGUGAUGGGCUUGGCAGCAGAUCAGAGUGGUUGUCAAUUCAAGAUAUUGAAUCAAUCAAAGGGAUCUGCUGUACACGGUCCACGUGCACAAAUAGAUCGUGAAUUAUAUCAAGCAUCUGUACACGACAUAUUGGCAGGCUAUAGUCAUGAUCAAGGUGGUAACUUGUCGAUACGUGAAGCAAUGGUUGAUGAUUUACUUUUAGAACAAGAUGGUGAAAAGGAAAGAGUGGCUGGUGUUAUUCUAUCUGAUGGAACUAUUAUAAAGACUAGAAAAGUGGUUAUUACAACUGGUACAUUUUUGGGAGGUGUCAUUCAUAUUGGUUCAAAGAUGGUACCUGCUGGUAGAAUAGGAGACAAGGCGGCUACAAAGUUGUCACAGACAUUGGCUAGAUUUGGGUUCCAAUUGGGACGACUAAAGACUGGAACACCACCUCGACUCGAUGGCAAAUCUAUAAACUAUCAAGGUUUACAAGUACAAGAGGGUGAUGUCAUCCCAACACCAUUUAGUUUUAUGAAUGACAGUGUCAAAUAUGCAGACAAUCAACUCUAUUGCUAUAUGACACGAACAACAGAGGAAUCACAUCGUAUUGUUUUGGAGAAUAUUGAUCGCAGACCAACACUUGACAGUGGUGAUGGAAAAGGUUUGGGUCCAAGAUACUGUCCAUCGAUUGAAACCAAGAUUGAGCGUUUUGAAGCCAAAACACAUCAAAUUUGGUUAGAGCCAGAAGGAUACAACACAGACGUUAUCUAUCCAAGUGGUAUCAGCAUUUCAUUGCCCGAAGAGGUACAACUUCGAUUCUUAAAGACUAUUCCUGGUUUGGAACAGGUAAACAUGUUGAGACCUGGUUAUGCUGUAGAGUAUGACUAUGUCGAUCCACGUGAACUUAGACCGACGUUGGAAACCAAAAAAAUACCAGGUCUCUAUUUUGCAGGACAAAUUAAUGGAACCACUGGAUACGAAGAGGCUGCAGCUCAAGGUAUCUUGGCUGGAAUCAAUGCUUCACUCUCAUUGGACUCGAACAAACAACAAAUGAUCGUCGAUCGUUCAGAAGGUUAUCUCGGUGUCAUGGUUGACGAUUUGGUUACCCUCGGCGUCACUGAACCAUAUAGAAUGUUUACAUCUCGAUCAGAGUAUAGAAUUAGUUUACGUGCUCACAAUUCAGAUCAAAGAUUAACAAAAAAAGGUUAUCAAUUUGAUUGUGUUACUCAAGAUCGUUAUCAACAAUUUUUAAAAAAAGAAAAUAUUAUAAAUGAUACUAUAAAUUAUUUAAAUUCUACUUUUUUUUCUCCUAAAGAAUAUUUAGAAAAAUGUGGAAUUGGUAGUAUAAAUAAUGGUAAAAAAUCAUUAUUUGAUAUUUUAAAGAGACCUCAUAUAACAUUGGAAACAUUGGUACCAUUAUUUGGAAGAGAAAGAUUGGAUGCGAUACCACAUCAUAUUAUACCAGUGAUUGAAUCUGAAUGUCAAUAUUCAGAUUAUUUGGUUAGACAACAAACCGAGAUUGAAAGAUUCCAAAAAGAAGAAUCACGUGCCAUUCCAGAUUCACUAGAUUACUAUAAAGUUGGACAACUAUCAACUGAAAUGAGACAAAAAUUAUCAGAGACUAGACCAACAACCAUUGGUUCUGCAAGUAGAGUUCCAGGUGUUACACCAACUGGAAUAGCUGCCAUUAUUUCUUUUAUUAGAAAACAUUAUAAAAAUGAUGAAUUUCAACCGAUACAAUUAAGUAAAUAA